GUGGUCAACGGUGAGGUGAGGCUCUUCGUCAACUUGACUCCAUUUUAUUUUCCCACACUCAUAAUCACAAUGGUUGUAAUUAGGUAUUAUUAUUCCUAAGCUACCGACUAUAAAAGACGAGGCAGUAGUGGUUGAGAUUGAUAAUCAGGGAUAAUGGCCAGUGCAGGUACCCCUUUGCCGGUAGCAUACCAAGCAUGGACGAGUCCAGCAGUACCGGACUGGCUAAACAAAGGGGACAACGCAUGGCAGAUGGUGUCAGCCACCCUGGUGGGGAUACAGAGCAUGCCCGGAUUAGUCAUCUUGUACGGAAGCAUAGUCAAGAAGAAAUGGGCCGUCAACUCCGCCUUCAUGGCCCUCUACGCAUUCGCCGCGGUUGUCAUAUGCUGGGUCACUUGGGCCUACAAGAUGUCCUUUGGGGACAAGCUCCUGCCCUUCUGGGGUAAAGCUGGGCCCGCCUUGGGCCAGAAGUUCCUCAUCAAGCAGGCCGCGCUCCCCGCAACGCCUCAUUACUACAACACGGGGGCUCUGGAGACGGCGGAGAUUGAGCCAUAUUAUCCCAUGGCCACCAUGGUGUGGUUUCAGUGCGUUUUCGCAGCCAUCGCUGUGGUCAUACUGGCCGGCUCGGUGCUGGCUAGGAUGAACUUCAAGGCGUGGAUGAUGUUCGUGCCGUUAUGGUUGACUUUCUCGUACACCAUAGGCGCGUUCAGCUUGUGGGGUGGUGGCUUCUUGUUCCAGUGGGGUGUUAUGGACUACUCUGGUGGUUACGUCAUCCAUCUUUCCUCCGGCGUUGCAGGCUUCACCGCCGCUUAUUGGUGCCUCUUAGUGUGGACGUGGCUUGAUGUCAUAUUCUUCAACAAGCCCUCCGUUAUUGGAGCCGUUCAGGGCAUGAUUACUGGCCUCGUUUGCAUCACUCCCGCCGCAGGUCUGGUUCAAGGAUGGGCAGCCAUAGUUAUGGGAGUUCUAUCAGGAAGUGUGCCAUGGUACACCAUGAUGGUAUUGGGCAAGAAGCUCACAAUCUUCCAAAUAGUCGACGACACUCUCGCCGUCUUCCACACCCACGCCGUCGCCGGACUCCUGGGCGGCAUCCUCACGGGGUUUCUCGCGGAGCCACGGCUGAGUUCCCUGUUUCUUGCGGUGACCAACUCUAGAGGAGCGGUGUACGGAGGGUCGGCUGGGGGAGUUCAAAUCCUGAAGCAAUUGGUUGGAGGAUUGUUCGUCAUUGGAUGGAAUUUGGUAGCCACCUCCAUAAUUUGUGUGGUGGUGAAGUUGGUGGUUCCUUUGAGAAUGACGGAUGAAGAGUUGCUGAUUGGUGAUGAUGCAGUUCACGGAGAAGAAGCUUAUGCCUUAUGGGGUGACGGAGAGAAACUUAGCCUCUACAAAGAUGACACCACCCAGCAUGGAAUGGCAAUGGCUUCCAGUGGUGCCACUCAAGUUGUCUAGGGGACUCAAUGAUGCAUGUGCGGACAUGCAUAUUCCUUAUUACAAAAAUCCAACACAGGAUUCCAUUUUCUCUUUAUACUUGUGCUGUUGGUAACUUGGUAUGUAUUAUUGUAAUAUUGUAGUCCUUGUAUUUUUGUACCUUUUUUUUUUUUGUAACUAUUUAUUCUUGUUUUCUAAGGUAUAUAUCCUCAGCUAUAAAUUAAAUGUAUGUCACGUCUUUUUAUUUUUGAAA